UGGUCUGAGGGCCCACCCUUGUGAUAGCAUAAGGGGCCUCCACCCUGGCCCUGAAAUUCCCGGGCAUGAGAUGCUGUCAACCAGCCAACCCCGGUCACAAGGCUGUGGAACAGUCCAAUAAGGAUGAGUUCUUACCAAUGUCCUUUUAUUUCCAUAGGAACUUGAUGCCGAGGACCUUGGAGGGACAGAUCACCAUGGAGAAGACCCCCAGCUAUUUUGUGACCAAGGAAGCGCCCCAGCGCAUUUACAACAUGUCGAGGGACACCAAGCUGAUAGUCGUGGUACGCAACCCGGUUACGCGGGCCGUCUCGGACUACACACAGACUCUUUCCAAGAACCCCACCAUCCCCAGCUUCCAAAGCUUAGCCUUCAAGAACUUGAGCACCGGACUUAUUGACACCACCUGGAGCGCCGUACGGAUCGGCAUUUACGCCAAGCACCUGGACAACUGGCUACAGUAUUUCCCCUUGUCCAGAUUCCUCUUUGUCAGUGGAGAGAGGUUGGUGAGCGACCCGGCCGGCGAGAUGGGACGCGUCCAAGACUUUCUGGGCCUCAAACGGGUGGUGACCAACAAGCACUUCUACUUCAACGAAACCAAGGGCUUCCCGUGUUUGAAGAAGCCGGAAGGGAGCAGCCGGCCCCGGUGUUUGGGGAAAUCCAAAGGCCGGCCGCACCCCAAAAUCGACCGGCAGGUCCUUCAACGCCUGCAGGAGUUCUACAGACCUUUCAACAUGAAGUUCUACCAGAUGACAGGGCAGGAUUUUGGGUGGGAUUGACUGGGAGAGACCUCUUUGCACAAAAGGGAAGCAGCUUGCCUUGCAAUGGGAAUGAGGGGGUGGCCUGUUGGCCUAUCAAGAUGAUCCAUGACAUGGAUCUCUUUUAUUCCCCCCCAAACCCCUGUGCUGGUCACACGCUGUGGCCACAGCAGAUCAGGGGCAUGGAGAUCUGGAACGAGACUCCUAGGAACCGUUUCCCGUUCUUUCUAAUUUAUAUCACCUUUUGCCAGUUAAAAAAAAGAAGUGUACGCUGAGCAAGGAGGGAGAAAGUAUUUAAGCUUGACUUGUUAAAACUGGCAUCAACAAAACAAGAGUGAUGGAAAAAAACAACGAGUGAUGGAAUUUCAGAGCCUAUUAAAUAUUCUUCUGAAU